AAAAAAAAAAGCUCACACGAAAAGAAAAGUUAAAUUUCCAAGCGCAUUUCACUCGCUGUGGUUUGGUUUCCUACGGAAAUUUUCUUUUUCGUUGCAAAUUAAAAUUGUUCAUCGUUGGAAAAAAACAAUUUGAAAGAAAGUCUAACCAAUAUUUAAUAAAAAAAAAAACAAAUUAUUUAUUCUCAUUAUAAUCACUAAGUAAAAAAAAGGCAAUGGCAAACUGCGAACAUCCACCACCUAAUAGCGGCUAUGCUCCGCGUCGUCUCUACCAAAAUCAAAAUGGUACCGCUCCUCAACCUAUUAUUGGCACUGGUGGCAAAGAUAUGUCAUCGCGUGACAAUAAUGAGCAAAUACAUGCUUCCCAUCAGCAAUCUCUUCCGCAUCCAAUCCAAGGUGGCCAAGCACCACCCAAAUCGAGUCAUGGUGGUGGUCAUGGUGGUUCGGGAAAGUUCAAUAAGAAAGAUAAAACCGCAGAGGUUAUUAUGGGCAUGGAUAAGAUGUCCAUUGAGGAAUCUUUAAAACUCCAUGAUUCUAAUAAUCUUGCCAUGAAAACUCCUGUGUCAAUUUUGCAAGAGUUGUUGAGUAGGCGUGGAAUUACUCCAAGCUAUGAAUUGAUUCAAAUGGAAGGAGCAAUUCAUGAGCCCACUUUUAGGUAUCGAGUGUCUUUUAAUGACAAGGAUGUUCCCUUUACUGCUAUGGGCGCAGGACGCUCUAAGAAGGAAGCCAAGCACUCGGCAGCGCGUGCUUUGAUUGACAAACUGACUGGAGUUCAGUUGCCAGAGAGUCAGGCAAAUGAUGUCGAUGCCAAUUCGAAUUGUGGAGGCGGUGGUGGAGACACUAAAGGAGGAUAUUCUGAGAAAGUAAUGGGCAAUCCAAUUGGAUGGUUGCAAGAGAUGUGCAUGUCACGUCGUUGGCCACCACCAACUUACGAGACUGAAAUGGAAGUUGGCUUGCCACAUGAGCGUCUCUUUACCAUUGCUUGCACCAUUCUCAAUUUCAGAGAAAUGGGAAAGGGCAAGAGUAAGAAGAUUGCUAAACGUUUUGCCGCAAGCAAAAUGUGGCAACGUCUGCAGGAGAAUCCCCUUGACAAUGCUCAAGUAAAUGACGCAUUCCGGACCGGAUUAGAUGAUGAGAAUCGCAAUUUUUCAAAUUAUUAUGGUGAUUUGAAAGAUAUGCAAGUGCCCACAAUAACGAUUCAACAUAGUCAUAAGGUAUCUCAAUUCCAUAAAUCAUUGAAAAAUGCAGCCGGAGAGAAAUUAACUAAAUUGCAGAAAACUUGCCUCAAGGCUCCUUCUCUCAAUCAUAUUCAACUCCUGGCUGAAAUUGCCCAAGAAAAUCAAUUUGAAGUCACUUAUGUUGAUAUCGAAGAAAAAACAAUAUCAAAUCAAUGUCAGUGUUUGGUACAACUAUCCACUUUACCAGUGGCUGUUUGUCAUGGUUCGGGGGCUACUCUUAACGAUGCUCAACGUCAUGCAGCUCAAAAUGCUUUGGAGUAUUUGAAAAUCAUGACUAAAAAAUGAAUUAAAAUCUUUUAAUUAGAAGCGAUUGGCAGCCAAAAAAAAAUAGUAAAUGGCCAAUAUAAACAACCUUAAACAAAAAAAAAAAAAACAAGAAUGAAAAAUUUAAUUGCUAAAAACAAAAAAAAAAUUGGGCCUUCUUUCCAACAUGAACACAAUUAUUAUCAAUGGCAUGUUUGGAAAGAUGAAAAAAAAAAAAAUACAAAAAACUUUUUGAAUAUUUUUUUUUGUUUAAGUUUCUUUUUGUUUGUUUUCUUUUUGAAAAAAUAUUUAAUUUUCUUUAUGUCCGCAAUGGAAAUCUGAGAUGAUUUUAAAAUAUAUAUUAUUUCUUGCUUUUUGCAAAUUAUAAUUAACAAAUCAAACUUUUGCCAUGAGUUUCUUUUUUUUAAUUUUGUACACCUUAACACAGAUGAGAAUUACAUAUAUUGUUUUGUUUAAAUUUUAUUUUCUUUGAAUUUAUACCAUUUUUUUAAAAAUAUUAUGACCUUAAGUUUAUUGUAAUUUUUCACAUAUAAUUAUUGAUCGAUAUUUUUAGAUUUUUAGAAUUCUAAAUUUUGUGUUAAACAUUUUUGAAAGAUAAAAUUUUAAUUUUUUGACCAUGACCAUUAUUUAUUGGUAUAAGAUUUAUUAACUUUUAUUCAGGGGUGCUAGUACGUAACUUUGUACCGUCGAGUUAACUCGAUACCAUCGAGCAGUGGCAGAACCUAUUUUGGAUCAAUCGAUCAUUUUCGAUCGAUCAUAUUCUAUUGAACCAAAUUAGAUGCCAAUACUCGAUUUUAUCGGCUUCACUCGAUUGUAUCAAGUUACGUGCCGGAACCCCAGUACAAGUCAAGCUGCAUACACAAAUAUUGGGAAACAAAAUUUAUUCCAAGAUUUAUACCAAUCUAUAUAUUUUGAAUACCAUAUAUUUUUAUAACUCAUGGCAAAAUUUAGAAGAAACAGAAUCUUAUACCUACUUAUGUAUAUAAAUGCAUAUAAACAAAAAAAAAUGUCUCAGAGUUUCAUUAAACUAUAAAUAAAAUUAAAAAAAUAAUAAUAACAAUAAUCAAUAAUGGAAUUUCAACUAAAUACAUAAAUAACUGGUAUAAAAUAUAAUAUUUAAUGUGUGUGUUUUAAAAAUAAUAAAACAAGAAAAAAAAAAUAAUAUCGAUAUCCAUUCUUCUAACUUAGAGGCUUUCACAUAUAAAAACAAAAUAAAAAUCUUUUCUUCUAUAAUCAUCCAUUUGCAUUAAAUUAAAUGUAAGUAAAUUAAAAAAUGUCGAAAAAAUUUACACAAAUAAAAAGUAAAUAAAAAAAUACACGUAAAUUAAUAAUAUUAAAAAAAAAAAAAACGGUAUUAAGGGAUUUAUAUUUUAAAUUGUUAGUUAUUUAUGUAACUAGUUUUAAAUUAACAAUUACAAUAAUAGAAAUAAUAUAAAGAAAAAAAAAAGACAAACAAAAGGAAAUUCAUUUGAAAGAAAAAAACAAAAAACUAACAUCCGUAGUUGCAGUCUAUGGGUAAAUGUUAAAAAUUGUACAAGCUAUACUUUGCAUAGAGCUAAUGAAGUUUUCCAACUUAUUGUUUUAAACUCGAAAAAAAAUAAUUUAUUUUGUUUGUAUACCUAUUUGUUGUCGUCUUUUUAGAACUGCAAACAAAAACUAACUUAACUUACUUACUCGUCUAAUAUCAAGUAAAUUUGGAAUUUAUUAAAAUUACAACUUUUAGACUUGAAAAAAUACAUAUUUAGAACUGUUUAGAACAAAAACAAACAAACAAUUAUUCACGGAAAAUAACUUAAAUUAAAACAAAAAAAAGUAAAAAUAAAAAUAUUGUAAUCUAGGUGAAAUAAUAAAGGAAAAUGAUACAUUAUUUUAGUGCAAAGUGUAGAGGUUGUAAUUGAAAAAAAAAACUUAUAAGAAAAACAACAACAAAAUUGUAAUUUUUCUAACUCCUACUUAAAUUGGGGUUGGAAUAGUUAAAAUUAUAAUAAAAUCGUAUCCUUAAAACCUUUAUAAUAUCACAUUAAAAAAUUCAAGUUAGAUUUUAAGCUUGUUGCAUUUUAUGAAUUUCCAUUUAAAUUUUCGUUUUUUUUUUUUUUAAUUAUUCAUGUAAUUUUUUUCUUUAAACAAAUAAUCGAAAAAUUGAAUAGAAAUUUUCGAUGCAACAUCAUAAAAAUAUAAAUUAAAUUUUUGUGUGGUUUUAAAUAUUGUAAUCAAUAAAAUAAAUAUGCAAAAGA